AGUGACGGUGUACAUCGCAAACCUGGUUCAGUCGAACGAAGGGACCCGCCAAGGGACAAUUGUGCUUACUCUGGUAUCUUGCCGGCCAUCAUGACGUCCAUCGCCCCUUUGCACGAUUCGUUUGACAUGGAGAUGGACGACAUGGGUUAUGACGCUCCGUCAUCCGUCCUGGGCGUAGACGAACCCGAGACAGAUAGGUUCGCCAUCUUCAUGCCAGCUGUGCAGUCUCUCGUCAAUGCCUUGGGAGGGUAUGAAGAAGUCAGGAGUCCACAAGGUGGAUUCCAAACCAUAUACCGACCUGGAGAUUCCGUACUGGCCGUUAUGAAGGAUCUCAAGAGAUUAUGGCGAAAGGAUGAUGGAGAUGAUGAGCGGACAGUCGCGAGAUGCAUGGCGAGAGCGGGCCUGAUGAAGGAACUCAUUGCUCUGGUGACAGAAUGUACAGAGCGAGGGGAUUGGGGUCGAAAAGUCGGUUUGGUGGCUUGUGAUUUAAUCGCCGCUUUGACUUGGCCUAUAGAUGUGCAAGCGGAAUUGAAGGAGAUGGACGACGAGCCAGACUUGGUCACGGACUAUCAGUCACUUUUGAGAGCCCAGAUGGAGUACAAAGCGAUGAUCCUGCACACCAAUGGCACCCUUCGUUGUCUUCUGGCGCUCAUGUUGCCGAGCUUGGCCAGUCCGCAAAAGAACGAGAAGGACCAGCAGGUUAUAUCUCUAGGUUUACAUGUGGUGCGAAACUUGCUCGCUAUCAAGGAUCUUGUCCCCGAUGGCUUAUCGACCGGAGACAAACUUGAGUUUUCUCAUCUCCAGUCUCGACUCCUGAUCCAGCUCAACUCCCUCACAUACUUCCAAUUGUUCCUGACCCUCGCUUCUUGCGCGGAUAGACCUGAAUUCAACCACUACAAUGUCAUCGUGCUGGACAUUCUCCAUCUCAUCUUCCGGCCUGUCAAAGCCAAGGAGCUGGUCUUGGAUCAAGAUAGGGCUCCGCUGAAUGGUUUGACCAAGCUGCUAGAGAAGGAAAGGCGAGACAAGGCUAUGCACCACAGAGUAGGCAUGACCAGGCAUUCUCGAUUCGGUACUACCAUCGCUGUCAGGGCAGGAGACCAAAAGCUCGUGUUGCACAAGCAGAACGCCAUCACAGUUGACGCGGGCAAGAUGCUGGACGACGUCAAGCGAAUUCGUGCCGGGAGACUAAAGAGAUUUGAUGAGCUGGCGCAGCCGACAGAGCUGAGUCCUGAGGCGAUGAAGACUUUGCAAAGUCUCGCGAAGACUUUUCUUGAAUCCUGCUUCAACACCUUCUUCUCUUCCAUCCUCAAGGACAUCCGCAUGGAGCGGAGCAAAGUUCGGGUCACCGACAACUUGCGGACUUUCUUCCUUUCCAGAUUCUUUGUCGACUAUCUCUUGCUGCGGAGGGAUAAGGCCACGGCAGAGCAGUCCGCCAAAGCGGCUAAAGCAGGUUCAAGCUCAUCUGCGAGUGUCGAGGUGAUUGUGCCGGUGAAAUUAGGUGCAGACCUUAGUCUCGGUCUCGUAGCGGAGAUGGCGGAAAUCGACACGGUCAGAUGGGUGGUAAUGAGAAUGAAAUCCACAAUGGAGGAGAAGCCACCAUCCUACAGAGAACUUCAAGCGUGUCUGAGCUGCUUCACCCAGAUCCUCCUCCUGAUCGACGCGAUGUCACUCUCGCCUGAAGAGGAAGAUGUGGAGGUUGCAGAGAUCCUGCAGAAUAGACUCUACUACAACGGGGACAUCCUGGACUCGUCCUUACAGGUGAUUUCACAGUACAAAGAUCAAUCUGUCGCAUACCUCGAAACUGUUGUGGACUUUGCCUAUGUCCUUCUGAAGAUGUUGGAGCGAUAUUCGAAAAAUAAGUCAUUCAUGUUCGUUCGCAAGCGUAAAGCAGCGCGGCGGAAGAGAAAGGCGGGGGAAGCCACUCAGGCUCCUGGACCUACGGCCGAAGAAUAUGCUGGUGAUGAGGAGGGCGAAGACGAUGGAGCAGAAAAGGACACGCCGAGCUAUGCUGAGCACACGUUCACGUUUCAAGCUUUUGAGAAGCGCUUUGCAAACGAGGCGGUGGUCAAUACCCUGUUGUCAUAUCUUAGCCGUUACAAGACCUUUGAAGAUCCAGAUCAGAUGAAGCGCAUAGUCUCCCUCAUGCACCGCCAAGUGGUCAAGACCCAGGCCGAGGGCCUAUACUUCAAGGUUACGACAUUGCAGCUUUUCCGCCAACUUCUGGACGAUGCUCCAUCGUUACCGCGUGCGGACUCAUCCAGGGAUGCGGUACAGCUCAUAAAGUUCAUUCUUCGCAAAUUCUUCAAGCGCGUCGCAGAGGAUCCAUUCCUGAUCGUCCAAGCCUUUGGUCCCAAGACCCGUGGCCAUUGGAAAGAGCUGUCUAGCUACAAGAGCGAUGACGAGAGUGACGAUGGUAUGGGAGGCCAGCGAGAUAGGAUCAGGGAGAAACUGGAGAGGGCGCCAGCGGAGCUCGAGUACAAGAAGAACAAGAAAAUGUCCUGGAGUCAGCAGAUGGGCACCACGGUCGCGCUUCUCAUUCAGGCCGGGCACAAGUCCUGGAUCGAGUGGAUCGCAGACACCUUGGAAAUCGUCCAUGCAGCUAGGACCGAGAUUGUCCUAACGGUAGAUGGGCCGCAAAUAUCAGCGGUCGAGGACGAAUUGCUGGGAGAUGAGACGAGCGCCAGAAACUUCGGCGGUCCAAGCAAGGAUGCCCUGGCCAAAUUUGCGCAAUACGCAGACAUCGACUCCGGAGAGGACCAAGAGCGACGGAAUGCACUGGCGAAAGAUGCUCAUUUCCGGCUGAUGCUAAAAUUGCUUUCUUUUGAUCAUUCCGAUGCCGAGAAAGGUGAGCAUGCCUUUCAUGAGCAUCUGCUUAGUUUGCUAGCUCUGGAUCAACAAUGGUUCAUUCCGUCAACUAUCCCGCCUUCCAACCUGGCUACCUCGUUCGGUGCCCUACGGCAAUAUCUCGCUGAUCCGCCUUCGCUCGCUGAUGACCACAAGGAUCUGCUGCAGAAAGUCAGGAAGCGGCGUGCGCCUGCACACGGCGAUGAUGAGCAACCUCAUCGACACCGGAAACGGGCGGCGGAGGUGCAAAAUUACAAGUCUGCCGCGUUCAUCGAGGAUUCGGAUGAUGAUGAAGAGGCCGAUCGCGCAUUCUUUGAACGUGAAAAGGCCUUGCGGGCCGAGAUGGACGAACUAGCAAGGCGGCAAGGGCAUCAUGCGUUAUCAUCUACCCAAACCAUCGAAGACCCUGGUGCCGGACGACAAAAGCGAAGCAAAGAGAUCAUUGCGGAGGAAGACGACGCCGAGUCAGAUAUCGGCUCGGUCAACGACGAGAUGGUCAUGAGGGCUAUCAGGAGCUCUACGGGGUCUGACAGUGACCGUUCAUCCCCAGAACGCUUCAAUGAUCGCGAUAGCUCGCCACCAGUAAGUCGAAAACGAGCAUCUUCACACGCGUCGGGUAGCGACAGUCCUGCGAGCGAGAAUGCUACAACACAGAGCCGGAAGAGGAAGAUGAAGAGGGUGUUUGUCAACUCGGACUCGGACUCAGAGUGA